UCAUGUAACUUGAAAGUUAAUGCUGCUGCGUCAUCGUAUCGUGAAAUAAAUGAAAGAGCAGAAAUUGAUAAAGUUACAAAGUUCGUGGAUCCAUUGAUUGGUACCCAGAAUGGGGGUCAUGUAUUUCCAAAUCCAUGUCUUCCUUAUGGAGUUGUAAAAGUAGGAUUCGAUACUGAUAACCUAAAAGAUAAUCAAGCAGGGUAUACUGUUGAUGGAAAUAUUACAGGAAUAAGUCGUGAACCAAAGUAUGGUGUAAUUUCUCAAUUUCCAUUAACCUCCACUUCAUUGUAUACGAUCCCUCUUCGUAACUACAAAUCUUUACGUUCAUUCGAACAUUUCGAAGUUGGAUACUCUAAAUUUGGAUUAGAAAAAUAUAAUGUUAUUGUUGAAUUAACUGCUGCUAGAAGAACCGGG